CAAUGCAUGAAGUCUUCCCGACUUCGACCCACUGGAUUGCUGCAGCCGCUCGAGCCACCCAGCCGAUCCUGGCAACAAAUGACGAUGGACUUCGUCACUGGCCUGCCAGCUGCCUCAAGCGGUAAUGACGCGAUCCUCGUCGUCGUUGGCCAGUUGACCAAAAUGGCCCAUUUCGUUGCCUGCAAGACGACAAUUACUGCCGAGCAGACAUCGAAACUGUUCCUCACGAACAUCGUGCGGCUACACGGCAUCGCAUCAGCAAUCAUUAGCGAUCGUGACCCACGGUUCACGUCCAACUUCUGGACAAAAACCUGGCAGCAGUACGGCACACGUUUGCAUCUGUCUACGGUGUACCACCCACAAUUGGACGGCCAAACUGAGCGCACCAACCAGACGAUGGAGCAGCUGAUUCGCACGACAUGCACAAACCCGGCCCAAUGGGAAGUCGCCCUUCCCUUGAUCGAGUUUACGUACAACAAUGCCCCAUUGGCCAUGAAUACUCAGUCACCGUUCUUCCUUAAUCACGGGAUAGAUCUGACAACCCCUCUAUGACCACCGAUCGAAAAUCCAGCACCAAGG